AAAUCAUAAGGUUGUGUUCGGCUGCAAAUAUUUUUAUUAGACAAAAUUACUAUAGAUUAUAUAAUUUUAUUUUAUUUUUCACUUGUAUUUUCUUUGUUUAAAAAGUAUGGAGAAAGAAAGUAGCAAACUGGAAAGUAAUCCUCGAAUACCGUCGGCUGUAUUUGUGGAUGAUGUUGACAAGUUUAUGGAAAAAUCAGAAAAUAGUAGUGUUGAAGAAGUACUCAAAAGAUUAGAUGAACAGCAUAGCAAAUAUAAAUUUUUUGAAUAUAAUUUAAUAACUAAAAGAAAAAGAUUACAAUCACAAUUGCCAGAUUUAGAAAAUACAUUGGAUAUGAUCAAAACAAUGAAAGCUCAUAAAGGAAAACAGUUAAAAACAGAUUUCUUAUUAUCCGAUGAUGUUUACGCUAAAGCACAUAUACCAGGAACUGAUAAUGUGUACCUCUGGCUUGGUGCUAAUGUCAUGCUAGAAUAUAAUCUUGAAGAUGCUACUGAACUCAUUUCAAGAAAUAUACAAUUAGCUACUAAUAAUAUGGGACAGGUUGAUGAUGAUCUCGAUUUUCUAAGGGAUCAGUUUACUACAACAGAAGUUAAUAUGGCCAGAGUUUAUAACUGGGAUGUAAAACGACGUCAAGCAGCUAAAGCUAAACAAUGAAAAUUAUAAAUACAGAAAUAUUGGAAACUAAUAAAUGCUUCUUUUUCAAAAAUUAA